GGCGGCCGCUUUAUAAGCAGAGCGCGUUCUUAAUUCAAAUCAUUCACAAGCCAACGCUAGCACAACCUACAAGUCUACAAUAUCUAAAUAAUUUUAAUCUAAAUAAAAAUGAAGAAGUACUCAGUUCUCGGCAACAACAAGAAAGUGACGAUGGAGACGAAUGCUACCCGUCUCAAAGUCGUCGGCAACAACUGCAUCGUUCGAGUGACGACAAAUCGAGGAGAUCUCGAAGUGAUCGGCAACGAUUGCCGCGUGGAAGUGAACGAUAAUUACGGUGUUAUCAAUCUAGUGGGUGGAAACGGAGUUGUAGCGAUAAGUAAACGAUGGCGAGGCGAUAAAGUGCAAGUGGUAGGGCAUAACUGCCAUACCUUGGUGGACGGAAAGGAAAAACCACAGCAAUUCUACGAAGCGCAGCUGUCGCCGUUUAGUAAGGACCUGGAUGACGUCAUCGAUUCGAUCUUCACCUUCGUUAUGCGAUGAAGUUUUACAUGAAGUGUUAAAGUGCUUCAAAAUGUGUACAGAACCGUUCCUUUGACGGGAACGGCGAACUUUCAGUGCUUGUUGUCGGCCGUGGCGUCCAAUGCGACAGAGAUCAGCGGCUGUUAACCCUAGCUCAGCGAGUUUUUGUGUGCUUCUAAUAAAAGAAAU